UUAAGAACAAAGAAUCCAUCACAAUUAUGAAGAGACACAAUGCCUAGCAGCAACAUUAAUCGGAAAUAAUGUCUCAAAUAUGGAAGAGUCUACCACCUUAUUUCUACAGGACUAAAGCCAAUAUCUACAAGGAAACACGAGUUAGAAUCGUACGUGCGGGGUCAUUGAUGCAUCUCUCUCUGCUUUUUUCUUGCACGUUCUCUUUUUCAGUCUUUCUUUUCGUGAGCAUCAUGGACGGAAAGAAAUUGGAGUACAAAGGUGAGGAAGCACUGAAUGAGAUUGAGAGGUUGACAAAGAAUAGUGCUGAAAUUCAGGAAAGCCUUUUAAAACAGAUAUUAAGUCAGAACAAGGAAACUGAGUAUUUGAGUAAGUAUAUGAAGAAGGGAGAUCAUGUAACUGAUGACGUCAUAGCAGAGUUUAAGCUUCAUGUUCCAGUUAUAAGUUAUGAAGAGAUCUUGCCAUAUAUCCAGAGAAUUACAAAUGGGGAAGAUUUUUCUCUCAUUACUGCUCAACCAAUAACAGAGAUGUUAUGCAGUUCAGGAACAUCAGGUGGAGAGCCUAAAAUGGUGCCAUCAACUGCUGAAUAUCUUGAUCGUCGUACCUUCAUGUACAAUCUUAUCACGGCAAUCAUGAAUAAAUAUGUUCCUGGUCUUGACAAGGGCAAGGCAAUGUAUCUCAACUUUGUAAGGACAGAAAUGCCCCCAACUCCUUGUGGCUUACCGGUUAGGACUGCAUUGACAAGCUACUACAAGAGCAAGCACUUCCUGUGCCGCGCAUGUGAGCCUUGGAAUGAUUUCACAAGCCCUGACCAAACCAUUCUAUGUGAUGACAUAAACCAAAGCAUGUAUUGCCAGCUUCUAGCUGGUUUGGUUAACCGCCACAAUGUCCUAAGGCUUAGUACUGCAUAUGCCUCUGCAUUUCUCAGAGCGAUCUCCUUCCUUGAAAAUAACUGGAUGAGCCUCUGUGAGGACAUGCGCAGUGGAAAGCUCAGUUCCUUUGUCACAGACCCUGGUUGUCGCGCCGGCAUGUCCACGGUGCUUUCGUCCCCUGUCCCACAUCUUGCAGAUGAGAUCGCUGAAAUUUGUAGCCAAAAGUGUUGGAAGGGGAUUCUCUGUCAGCUUUGGCCUAAGGCCAAGUACAUAGAAACAGUGAUCACUGGCUCCAUGGCUCAAUAUGUUCCUACACUGCAGUAUUACAGUGAUGAGAAAUUGCCUUUGGUUUGCACUAGGUAUUCUUCUUCUGAGUGUCACUUUGGGAUCAACAUAAAACCUUUGAGUGACCCUGCUGAUGUUGCUUUUACAUUGUUGCCUAACAUGGGUUACUUUGAGUUCCUUCCUAUUGGACAUAAUGAGACACUAAUGAUGGACUUUGAGGAGGAGCAUGUUCCUAAUGACAAGCUCGUAGAUUUGGGGAAUGUCAAGCUUGGUUGCUUUUAUGAGAUUGUGGUCACAACCUUUGCUGGGCUAUACCGAUACCGUGUUGGUGAUGUACUUCAAGUGGUUGGGUUUUACAAUAAAGCUCCACAAUUUAGAUUCAUUUGUAGGAAAAAUGUUGUGAUCAGCAUUGACCAUGACAAAACUAGUGAAGAGGAUUUGCAUAAGAGUGUCACUGCUGCCAAUAAAUUGUUAGAGUCUCAUGAUGCUCUACUAGUGGAAUACACUAGUUACUCUGAUACUUCUUCAUUGCCAGGACACUACGUAUUGUACUGGGAAAUUCUGUAUUACGGUUCAAAAAUAGAGUCACUUGAUACAAAUAUUAUUAAAGAAUGUUGCAUUGCGGUUGAAGAGCAACUAAACUAUGUAUAUUGGCAUUUGCGCAAUGACGGGUCAAUAGGACCACUUGAGAUACGUGUGGUGGAGGCAGGAACAUUUGAUGCAUUGAUGGAUUUCUUCAUUAGCCAAGGGGCUUCAAUUGGUCAAUACAAAACACCAAGGUGCAUUAAAUCUAAUAAAGCACUCAACUUGCUCGACUCCAAAGUUACUGCUUCCUUUUUCAGUCCUAGAGAUCCCCAAAGAAGGAUAUAAGAAGGUGUGUUAAGUUAAAAAGGUUGAUUAAGGUGUUGUUUGGAAGAAUUUACUUGAGUUUAUUUUAUAACAUAUACACUUAUGCAAGUGUUGUUCCUAUUUGUAAGUUGUUUAAUUUUGAGCUUAUUUUCAUAAGUUGAUCAAAUUGAUCUAUGAAUAAAAGUUUAUGAUUACCUAUAA